UCCGACUGCUCAUCCUACAUCUGCCGUACGGUCUAUGUCAAGUCUGUAGGUGGAUACCAGUAAGGACGAAUGUUUUGCUGAGUCGUCUGCUCUGCACCUUCUUCUAUCAAGUUCGACCAUGGCAACCACGAUCAUCAGGGUGCCAUGCUCCUCGGCCAACAUUGGCCCUGGCUACGAUGUGAUCGGACUUGCGUUGUCGGAAUAUCUUGAGCUGCGAGUUACAGUGAACGACGAACAGUCGAAAGGCUUCCCACAAAAUUGCAGAAUCACUCAAGAAGGUCUUGGUGCAGACCAAGUCGAUCUUGAUGCCGACCGGCACUUCAUUACAAGAAUCGCGCUGUAUGUGCUUCGCUGCCACGAUGUGCGAUCGUUCCCGUCGCCGACUCAUCUGCACAUCAACAAUGCGAUCCCCUUCGGACGAGGUCUUGGCUCUUCAGGUGCUGCGAUUGUCGCCGGAGUAGCAUUGGGCAAUCUGGUCGGCAACUUGAAGCUCGACAAAGAUCGUCUUCUGGACUUUUGCCUGAUGAUCGAGAAACAUCCUGACAAUGUGGCCGCAUCCAUGUACGGAGGCUUCGUUGGCAGCUACACCAAGAAACUGGAUCCCGUGGACGUGAAGCGAAGAGAAGUUCCCAUGUCAGAUGUCCUGCCUAUGCCUCAAGGUGGCGAGGAUACUGGUCUGAAGCCUCCUGUCCCACCACACAACAUCGCAAAACACAUCAAAUUCCCGUGGGCGAAGGAGAUCAAGUGCAUUGCGAUAAUACCAGACUUCGAAGUCGCAACGGCCAAGGCUCGGCAGGCGGUCCCAGGGGCAUACACCAAGGAAGACGCGAUCUUCAACUUGCAACGAGUGGCGUUGCUCACUACAGCGCUUGGUCAAAGCCCGCCGAGUGCUGAGCUCAUCUACGACGGCAUGCAAGAUCGCCUACACCAGCCAUAUCGUCAAGGUCUCAUUCCAGGCCUUACGGAGAUUCUUCAGUCUGUCACGCCAGUGACGCACCCUGGGCUGUUGGGUAUCUGCCUUUCGGGAGCCGGGCCAACUAUUCUUGCCUUGGCUACGGAAAACUUCGAUCACAUCGCAAAGCACUUGAUUGAGCAAUUCAAGAAGGAGAACAUUACAUGCACAUGGAAACUGCUUGAGCCGGACUUUGAGGGCGUCACAGUAUUAGAGGAGCCAGCCUCGAAUGCCAAUGGCGCAGGCAUGACUUAUGCAGAUGCAGGUGUCUCAAUCGACGCAGGCAACGACUUCGUUCAGCUGAUCAAGCCAGCUGUGAAGUCUACAAGCCGACCAGGCACCGACGCGGUAAUUGGUGGCUUCGGAGGGGUUUUCGAUCUACAAGCAGCAGGCUUCGGCAAUGAUGCACCAAUUCUCGUGCAAGCGAUCGAUGGCGUAGGCACAAAGCUGAAGAUCGCAUUCGAGAUGGAGAAGUUUGAAGGUGUCGGCAUUGAUCUGGUCGCCAUGAACGUCAACGAUCUCGUCGUGCAAGGCGCCGAACCCAUCACCUUCAUGGACUACUACGCCUGCUCAAAGCUCAUCCCAGGCGAAGCCGCCAGCUUCAUCAAAGGCGUAGCAGAAGGCUGCAAGCAAGCAGGCGCAGCGCUCGUGGGUGGCGAAACCGCCGAAAUGCCAGGCAUGUACUCCGGCAAAGACUUCGAUGCAGGCGGUGCAGCAACUGGAGUGAUUCGAAGAGGCCAGAAAGUCCUACCCGACUUUGAUGGCAUGAGCGAAGGUGAUAUCUUGCUCGGACUUUCCAGCAGCGGCGUCCACUCCAACGGUUUCUCCCUCGUCCGCAAGAUCCUCGAGAAGAAGAAUCUCAGCUUCCACGACCAAGCUCCUUGGGCUAAAGAGCAAAACAUCACAGUCGGCGACAGCCUUCUCGAGCCCACGAGAAUCUACGUCAAACCACUUCUUGCAGCCGUAAAGAAAGAUCUCCUACUGGGUAUGGCACAUAUCACAGGUGGAGGCCUCGAAGACAACAUUCCUCGCAUGUUGCCAAAGCACUUGGCAGCCGAGAUCGAUGCGAAGGCCUGGCCGGUGCCGGCUGUUCUGCAGUGGUUGAAGAAGGCUGGGAAUGUGAGCAGUAGGGAGUUUGCUCGGACGUGGAAUACUGGUCUGGGAAUGGUGAUUGCUGUGAAAGCUUCGAAUGUCGAUGCUGCUACGGAGGCGUUGACGAGUGCGGGUGAGAAGGUGUACAAGGUGGGUAGACUCGUGGCGAAGAAGGACGAGGGUGUGAUUUUGCAGAAUUUUGAGCACUGGGAUCAAUAGAGGAGAGCUCAGGUGUUGUUGUUCUUGAACUGCUAUUAGAUUCCUGGAUCAUACGAAAUGCAUUCUGGAUAUAUCUCUCGACUGUCAUACGAAAUCUGAGUUCCUGUCGUUGUUCCUUCGCACUUGCGCCUGAAUCGCUAUAGUCCUCAUCAUAUCAAACCUCAUAUCGACAAUUGCUUCCCAUUAACUGUGACCAUAGCAGUAUACAUCGCCCUCCCACCAUUCGCAUUCGCAUGGAACACCGUAAACUUCAAGUCUUUCGAGAAAUCGGCUCCUCCUGGCCCGGAAAGUCCAUUUCGUCCUGUGGAGAGCAGCGGAGUGGAAGCUCGAGUAUAUGGACCUCUGACUGAGGUCGCUGUAGCGUAGUCGACAUCGUAGUUUGUCGUUGUG